AUGACAGACGCGGCUUCUAAGCCCUUUCGUUUCCUCGACCUGCCAAUUGAAGUGAGGAACGCAAUCUAUCAUGUCAUCCUCUGCGAACCUCCACCUGCGAAGCUGCGCCGUGUCGAGCAGGCCGACCUUCUAUGGCUACCUGAAGGCAUGGCGGUAAUUACACAUCCAAGCGAGAUGCAAAUUCUACAGACCAGCCGCCAAGUCCAUGCAGAAGCCAAAGAUGUGAUGCUUCGAGGAAACCAAUUCAUUCGGAUUCGCGCUCGAGGGGUUGGGCAAGUGGUUAAGGGUUUCUUGCUCGCCAGACAAAUCCCGAUCAUCCGCACUUCUGCACUAUCAAGGAAUACAUUUCAGGGCUUUGUAAUGACCCAUUCGAUUGAAUUGAAAGGCGGCCGUCCUGAGGACUUCCCAGGGCCUAAACACGAGACCGAUGUGGACCUUGUCAUCCUCCAUCGUGACCUCAGUCUGUUCUGCGAAGCCCUGGCUAUCAGGGGUACUCUCAUGGUCAGGGGUUUUGGAAACCUCACCAAACACGAUUUGACCAUCCACAACCCCUUUGACUCAACCCUCAGCCCGGGCUUUAUGAGUGAGAAGAACCAGGAACGGCUUCUCCAGCCUUACCGCCACUAUUUACGUGGGUUCUCCCACUUUUCGGUCGAUGGUAAUGUGUCCGCCUCAUUGGCCGAGUCUGUGAAAGAGGCCGUUGCCGAAGAGCACCUUCCUGAGCCCGGUGAAAUCAUAGCCGAAUUCAAGCGCAACAAAGAUCUAGGCAACCGCUACUUCAGGCAGAAAGAGUUCCACAGAGCCGCGGAAGCGUACACUACUGGUUACAUCAAGGUCGCGCUCAUCAGAAACGGCAAUCUUUGGCCACAGAUCACGGCCAAAGGAGGACAGGGCUUCCUCCACGCCAUUUCCGAGACGUAUUACCAAGUCUGUCUCAAUUGCGCGCAGAACAUCCUAGUCUUCCUUCGAGAGACGUCUGAGUCCAACCGAACUAAGAUUCGCUACUACUGCGGCAAGGCAGACUAUCACGUAAAGUCGGCAAUGGCCGCCGGGGAUAACUUCACGACGGAUUGGCGGCCGAAUCUGCAGCAAAUGGCGAAGCUUUCUUUCCGAGCUGCCUCGAUAGAGCGCGUCUUGGGCAACAUGGAGGCUGCCAAGUCGCUCAUAGAUAUCGCUCGUCAGCAAGCCCCCAGCGAUCCGGUGAUCAGGCGAGAGGCUGAGGAGAUUGAGGCCUUGUUGCGCUCUCAAGCGGGUCUCGGUCGUUUGUUGCUCUGA